GUUUUCUUUGCCCCAAGAUUUGAGAUUUAGGCGAUUAGAUAAAUGAUACAAAUCUGGAUUGUUUCAUCUCGAAUUUAAAAUAAUUAAAUAAAAUCUAGAAAACAGCUAAAGAAGACAAGUUUAAAGUGAUUACGAAACUUGGCAGACAACAAUAUGAAUUCCUUAAUUCAUCUCGACAAAAUCAAGAAGUUUACAGACGAAGAAGAAAUUCAACUUUCCACCUACGGAAACCGAUGGAAAUCAUUGGCCAUGUCCAUGAAAUUCCUUGGUUUGAAGUUAGAAAAGAGAUUCACCCCACAUAUUAUUUUCAUGUUAAUAGCAGCAAAAAUAUUUGCAAUCUAUUUCAUCUACAAAAAUAUUAUAUUAUUGACAAAUUAUUCUUCUUCGUUAGUUAAUUGGAUGAUAUUUGCAUAUUAUCUUUUCCGUCUUUCCAUAAAUGUGUUCCUUCUGUAUCACUUUCAUCUGAAUAAGAAAAAAAUUAUGUCGAAAUUAAAUGAUUUGUAUGAAGUUUCUGGUAUAAGCAGAGAGAUUUCCAACAAGUCCAGAUCAAUGUUAAUUAAGGUCUGUAUCAUUUGGUUCAGCAGUAUCGUUACCAAUAUCGUGAAUUACCUCAUUAUCACUAAGAAGAAAUUUAAGUUUAAUAGCACUAAACAGAUUUUUCACACAAACUUCGAUGAUUAUAGAGGGGAUAUCAUUGAAUUUCUACCACAUUUCGUUUCCAGCGUUACUAUUACUCUUCAGUUCUAUUUUUUACUACUUCAUUUCUCUUCCAUAUGCAAAGAUUUUGAGUAUUCUUUCGUGUUAGUUCGUAAAAAACUGGUUGAUAAUUGCAAUCCGAAAGAAAUCAAAGCAGCAUCAUUUAAAUAUAUGCAAAUAUCGGGCAUAAUAAAUGAUAUAGAAAAUAUUUACUCUCCCGUGUUAUUUCUGUGGUCGACUUUGAUCGUUGGAAAUGUCAUAUUUAGCAUUGGUCAUCAUUUACAGAACGUUAUGUCUUUUACCUUGUCCGACAUGAUAAUAUUAUUCUAUUUUUAUGGUGUUCAAUUUUUAUUGUUUUCUGAUAUUUGUUUCUCUUCGUCGAAUAUGAACAGAGAGGCCAAAACGUUCGCAAUGUCUCUUUACAAGUCCUCACUUUCUAUCGACGAUCCAGCCAUUCAGCAAUUUGCCUUUCGAUUUUCUGUAGAGAUUUUGCAAGAUUUGCCUAAUUUUUCUGCUUGGAAUAUGUUUUACAUCGAUAAUAAUCUCACAAUGACAAUUUUUAGUGCCGUUGUCACUUACGGUCUCGUUAUGUAUCAAUUCUCAAGAAAAGAAUAAUGAAAAGGACUCACAUAAUCAAGGACGAUCCUCACCGUUCAUCUUUGCCAAGAAAAUACUGUAUUCAAACGAAAAAAACAUGCUUAUUUGUUAUCACAAUUUAUUGCACAUAUAUGUAAUUUCGAACGUUAAAAAAUGACCCACGAAGUAAAU